GCCGGGACUGAGGGGCCCCCGCCAGCCCGCGGCCGCGCCAUCAGUUGUCGUCGCCUCGUCCCGCUUCUCUGCUGAGGCGCCGCGCGGCCGGGCAGCAGGUCCAGGCCUCAGCCGCGUGCCCAGGGGCCUCCGGGGCCCUCCCGGGUCAGCAUGCCCGGGGUGAAGCUGACGACCCAGGCCUACUGCAAGAUGGUGCUGCACGGCGCCAAGUAGCCGCACUGCGCCGUCAACGGGCUGCUGGUGGCAGAGAAGCAGAAGCCGCGUAAGGAGCACCUCCCCCUGGGCGGCCCGGGCGCGCACCACACCCUCUUCGUGGACUGCAUCCCCCUCUUCCACGGCACCCUGGCCCUCGCCCCCAUGCUGGAGGUGGCCCUCACCUUGAUUGAUUCUUGGUGCAAAGAUCAUAGCUAUGUGAUUGCUGGUUAUUACCAAGCUAAUGAGCGAGUAAAGGAUGCCAGUCCAAAUCAGGUUGCAGAGAAGGUGGCCUCCAGAAUCGCCGAGGGCUUCAGUGACACUGAGCUCAUCAUGGUGGACAACACCAAGUUUACGAUGGACUGCGUAGCGCCUGCGAUCCACGUGUACGAGCACCAUGAGAACAGAUGGCGGUGCAGAGACCCACACCAUGACUACUGUGAAGACUGGCCAGAGGCACAGAGGAUCUCAGCGUUGCUCCUGGACAGCCGGUCCUACGAGACGCUCGUGGAUUUCGAUAACCACCUGGAUGACAUUCGGAAUGACUGGACAAACCCAGAGAUCAAUAAAGCUGUUCUGCACCUGUGCUAGGCAGGCGUCACUGUGACUGGGCUCUGGGCAUUUCCACUACAUCGAAGGAGAAAACCUAUUUUUAAAUGUAAAUAAAAUCUCUUGUAUCCUGUGUGGAAAGCUGACCAUUUGAAGAAGUGGCAUGUGCCUUGAAAGGGGGCAGAGUGUUGAGUCGGUCAUGUUGAUAACACAGAGUCUCUGGAGGAGGUGCAGACAUCCCGUCUGACGGUCCCUGUGGACUCUUUCUCAGUUGUAUGUUGCUAUAAUCCUCCAAAUCAAAGCUCUUUCUGCUUGUGCAAGAUUCUUCCUAUUAAACAGUUUUAACUAACCUUUUAUAAUCUGGAGAGAAUACUUUUUAAGGCUUUUCAGCUAUCUUUUUUAGA